AACGCAGCCUUCCUGUUCCAAAAUUAAAAUCGGUUAUACCAACAAGAAAUGAACAAAAAUGAGCUCGUCAAUUGAGGCAGAGGCUAUAGUGAUGCAACUUUUUUUAUGCAUCACUCAUGAGUCAUGACCCAAGUGAAGCCAAAUUUCUAUAACCAAUAUAGUUCAUGCCCAUAACCCUCACUUCUCUUUUGAGCCCUAUAUAUAACCCCCCACAUGGGCCUUUCCUUACCAAACCCAGAAAAAUUGAGCCCAGCCCAUUAAAAACACUUUCUUGGAGAUGAAGGGAGGAGGAGUUCUGUCAGUGCUGGUGGCAGUGCUGGUGGCGAUGGCGGUGGCCGUGAUGGCAGCCGAGCUAGGGCACGGCGCCGUUACCUGCGGCCAAGUCAACUUCUCCUUGGCCGCUUGCCUUCCCUACCUAACCGCAGGCGGUGCUCCAUCACCGGCGUGUUGCAAGGGGGUGGUAAGCCUCAAGGGACUCGCCCGAACCACCGAUGACAAGCGGGCUGCAUGCAAAUGCAUCAAGGAAGCUGCCAGUCAUUACCCGAGCAUCAAGGAGGAUGUAGCCGCCGCACUACCUGCCAAGUGUGGCGUCUCCAUCGAUAUCCCCAUCUCUACUCGCACCAACUGCGACAUCAUUCAUUGAGAUGGAGGCAGUACUCAUUUGAGCAAUAAAGAGGGGAGGAGCUUUGGCCUUUGUGUUCAACACUGUGGCCAUAUAUAUAUAUAUAUAUAUAUGUUUUCCUAUGAUCAUAAUAUAUGGUUACAUAAUUAAUGUUGUAAUUAAUAUAAAUUAAGGUUCUUAAAAGAGAACCUGGACAGCCAGUAAUAGCUAUGCUGAUGAAAGCUUCUUGUACUUCUAUAUGAUAAUAUAAUUACAUAUAAAAGUUCCCCUUUC